AGUGCUCUGGCACGUGUUACACUGGUGGAUUUCGAUGGCCGUGUCAUCUAUGACGAGCAUGUCAGACCUAGGGAGCGUAUCACAGACUUUCGUACUUGGGUGAGCGGGGUAAAAGCCAAGCACUUGAAAGCGGCGCUGUCCCUUAAGGAAUGCAUCCUGCAAGUCGCUGAUUUAGUAAAGGGGAAGAUUAUCGUGGGACACGCCCUCAAAAACGAUUUACAAGUCUUGAUGCUUCAGCAUCCCGUAGCGAUGAUUCGAGACACGGCCAGAUACCGUGCCUAUAUGCGAUCGCACGGAAAGGAGGGUGGGAAGCUCCGUCCAAGACGUUUGAAAGAUCUGGCGCUUGAUUUUUUGGGUAUGGAAAUUCAAGAAGGGAAGCACGACUCUGCGGAUGAUGCCCGUGCAGCCAUGUUACUUUAUCGCGCUCAACGAACAGAGUGGGAGAAAGAGCUAAGGAAGACGCACUUGCAUAGGUACACGAAAGCCAAUGGAAAGAAAAAGCGCAAUCUUAGAGAUGGGGUGCAGGCACCUUAGAUAAAAAGAACAUGCAUU